AUGCGCCGUACGACUGCCCACUGGGUCCCGCGGCUGCUGAGCGCGGCUACCACCAAGUAUGCCGCACCGCCCAGCUUCAACGGUGAUAAUGUUGGUGACGGGGCUGACUCUAGAAGAGGCGCUGGCCUCUUCUUCGCCGACCGCGCUGUGAAAGUGACACGGCUAACAUCCCCGGGUCUUUCCUUCAGCUGCACCCCUUCCAUUCUUAGCUGCGAGGCCCCUGACGCCACAGCGGCAGUGCGCCUGGUGAAAGAGGAACCGGGUCAAGUGCCGGCGGCCAAAAUUCAGCUUGCCGGCCUAUGCGCUGUUUCCCUAUUCCGGUCUCACCGCAUUGUGCUCUACUGCACCGGGGAGGUGGACCGCGUGCAGCACCACGAAGUGGGCCUCAGGAGCGGCGACGUUCUGGUCGUGCUGCGGGGAUGUGACCGGAUGCGGGACUGGAGCUCCGUCGAGCGCACGCUGCGCAGCGUUGCUGGCGAGGAUCCCGAGUACAUCGCAGAGGAGGUGCUGUUGCGGUUGGCCUCCGACGCCCACCACGGCCCGCACGCGAGUGCAUCCAACGAGGUGCCCGCCACCGGCGUGCCAAACGGCGUCUGCAUCAUGACUGUCGUGCGCCACCGGCCCUCCGCACGGCUUCCGCAGCCGCCCUUCCACUUGCAUUGCUCAAUAGCUUGA